AUGGCGGACGAGGCGGCGCUCGCCCUUCAGCCCGGCGGCUCCCCCUCGGUAGUGGCGGCCGAGAGGGAGGCCCCGUCGCCGCCUGCUGGGGAGCCGCUCCGCAAGAGGCCGCGAAGAGACGGCCCCGGCCUCGGGCGGGGCCCGGGCGAGCCCGGCGGGACGGCCCCCGAGCGGGAACUGCCGGCGGCGGCCGGCGGCUGCCCGGCAGCGGCGGCGGCGCUGUGGCGGGAGGCCCAGGCGGCGGCGGCGGCCGCAGAAGGAGACAAUGGGCCGGGCUUACAGGGCCUAUCCCGGGAGGCGCCACCGGCCGACGACUUCUACGACGACGACGACGAGGGCGAGGAGGAGGAAGAGGCGGCGGCGGCUAUUGGGUACCGAGAUGACCUUCUGUUUGGUGAUGAAAUCAUCACCAACGGUUUCCAUUCGUGCGAAAGUGACGAAGAUGAUAGAGCCUCGCAUGCGAGUUCUAGUGACUGGACUCCAAGACCUCGGAUAGGUCCAUAUACUUUUGUUCAGCAACAUCUCAUGAUUGGCACAGAUCCUCGAACAAUUCUUAAAGAUUUACUACCAGAAACAAUUCCUCCACCUGAAUUGGAUGAUAUGACACUGUGGCAGAUUGUUAUUAAUAUCCUUUCAGAACCACCAAAAAGGAAAAAAAGAAAAGAUAUUAAUACAAUUGAAGAUGCUGUGAAAUUACUGCAAGAGUGCAAAAAAAUAAUAGUUCUAACUGGAGCUGGGGUUUCUGUUUCUUGUGGAAUACCUGACUUCAGGUCAAGAGACGGUAUUUAUGCUCGCCUUGCAAUAGACUUUCCAGACCUUCCAGAUCCUCAAGCAAUGUUUGAUAUUGAAUAUUUCAGAAAAGAUCCAAGACCAUUCUUCAAGUUUGCAAAGGAAAUAUAUCCUGGACAAUUCCAACCAUCUCUUUGUCACAAAUUCAUAGCCUUGUCCGAUAAGGAAGGAAAACUACUUCGCAACUAUACUCAGAACAUAGAUACACUGGAGCAGGUUGCAGGAAUCCAAAAGAUAAUUCAGUGCCAUGGUUCCUUUGCAACAGCAUCUUGCCUGAUUUGUAAAUAUAAAGUUGACUGUGAAGCUGUACGAGGAGAUAUUUUUAAUCAGGUGGUUCCUCGAUGUCCUAGAUGCCCAGCUGAUGAACCGCUUGCUAUCAUGAAACCAGAGAUUGUCUUUUUUGGUGAAAAUUUACCAGAACAGUUUCAUAGAGCCAUGAAGUAUGACAAAGAUGAAGUUGAUCUUCUCAUUGUUAUCGGAUCUUCCCUGAAAGUAAGACCAGUAGCACUAAUUCCAAGUUCCAUACCCCAUGAAGUGCCUCAGAUAUUGAUUAAUAGGGAACCUUUGCCUCAUCUGCAUUUUGAUGUAGAGCUUCUUGGAGACUGUGACGUAAUUAUUAAUGAACUGUGUCAUAGGUUAGGUGGCGAAUAUGCCAAACUUUGCUGUAACCCUGUGAAGCUUUCAGAAAUUACUGAAAAACCUCCUCGAAUACAAAAAGAGUUGGCACAUUUGUCAGAAUUGCCACCCACACCCCUCAAUAUUUCAGAAGGCUCAAGUUCACCAGAAAGAACUUCACCACCAGAUUCUUCAGUGAUUGUCGCUCUUUUAGACCAAGAAACAAAGAGUAAUGUCGAUGAUGCUGAUGUGUCUGAAUCAAAAGACCAUGGCACAGAAAAAGCACAGGAGGUGCAGACUUCUACUAGAAGCAUUGGGAGUGCUGACGAACAGUUGGAGAGUCCAGAUUUGAAGAAUGCUGUCUCCGAUUCUGGGGAGAAAAAUGAAAGAACUUCAGUUGCUGAAACAGUGAGAAAAUGCUGGCCAGCUAGACUUGCAAAGGAGCAGAUUAGUAAACGCCUUGAUGAUAAUCAGUAUCUGUUUUUACCACCAAACCGUUACAUUUUCCAUGGCGCUGAGGUAUAUUCCGACUCUGAAGAUGAUGUCUUAUCCUCUAGUUCUUGCGGCAGUAACAGUGAUAGUGGAACAUGCCAGAGUCCAAGUUUAGAAGAACCCAUGGAGGAUGAAAGUGAGAAUGAAGAAUUUUACAAUGGUUUGGAAGAUGAUGCUGAUAUUAAUGAGAGAGCCGGAGGAACUGUAUUUGAAGCUGAUGGAGGUGAUCAAGAGGCAGUUAAUGAAGCUAUAUCCGUGAAACAGGAAGCAACAUGCAUUAACUAUCCAUCAAACAAAUCAUAA